AUGGAGGAGAAUGACGCCAAACCCAGCGACGCAGCGGCGGCGGAGGGGCCGUGGCAGCCAGAAUCCAGCCCCAGUGGCGGCUCGGGAGGCGGUGGCGGCAGCAGCCCCGGCGAUGCGGACACCGGACGCCGUCGGGCACUGGUGCUGCCAGCGGUCCUGCAGGUGCCGGGCAACCACCAGCACCCUCACCGCAUCACCAACUUCUUCAUCGACAACAUCCUGCGGCCCGAGUUCGGCCGGAGAAAGGACGCGGGGACGUGCUGUGCCGGCGCGGGCGGAGGAAGAGGCGCCGGAGGCAGCGGCGAAGGCGGGGCGGGCGGGGCGGAUAGAGGCGGUGGCGCGGGUGGCGCCGAUCAGCUCCUGGGGUCUGUCCGGGAGCCCCGGCCGAGAGCGCCCUGUGCGCCGGGUGCCGGCGGGCCGCUGCCAGGCGGCGGGGGCGAGUCUCCGGGCGAAGGCGAAGGAGGCUCCAAGGCUCUCUCGCUGCACAGCGACGCCAAGAAAGGCAGCGACCCCAGCGGCCCCCUGGACGGGGCGCUCAAGGCCCGCGGCUUGGGAGGCGGCGACCUGUCCUUGAGCUCAGACUCGGACAGCUCGCAGGCCAGCGCCACACUGGGCGCGCAGCCCAUGCUCUGGCCCGCGUGGGUCUACUGCACGCGCUACUCGGACCGGCCUUCUUCAGGCCCCAGGUCUCGAAAACCAAAGAAGAAGAACCCCAACAAAGAGGACAAGCGGCCACGCACAGCCUUCACCGCGGAGCAGCUGCAGAGGCUCAAGGCCGAGUUCCAGACCAACAGGUACCUGACUGAGCAGCGGCGCCAGAGCCUAGCCCAGGAGCUGGGCCUCAAUGAGUCGCAGAUCAAGAUCUGGUUCCAGAACAAGCGCGCCAAGAUCAAGAAGGCCACGGGCAACAAGAACACGCUGGCGGUGCACCUGAUGGCGCAGGGCCUGUACAACCACUCCACCGCGGCCAAGGAGGGCAAGUCCGACAGCGAGUAG